AUGGAGGUUGCAAAAGAACGCAAUGAAGCCACUUAUGAGAAGGAUCUUCUUCAAAUGGUACUGGAGGGAGCUAAAACUUACUCUGAUGCUAAUAGCUUUUUUUCAUCUGGUAUGUCCAAGGACCAGUUUAUAGUGGAUAAUUGCAAGAAUAUAUACCUUGCUGGCCAAGACACCACUGCUGUCAUAGCAACAUGGUGCUUCUUGUUGUUGGCUGCAUAUCCUGAGUGGCAAGCUCGUGUUCAUGCUGAGGUUCUUGAACUUUGCAAGGACGGAAUUCCAAAUGCUGAUGUGCUUCCAGCCAUGAAAACAAUUGAAGUCUCAAUACUCCAGCGACUUCAUGAACUUUGGGGCCGUGAUGCCCAUGAGUUCAAUCCACAAAGAUUCGAGAAUGGAAUUCUUGGUGCUUGCACGGUUCCUCAGGCUUAUACGCCGUUUGGACUUGGCAUUCGGGUUUGUGUUGGCAACCACUUUGCCAUGAUAGAGUUGAAGGUGUAA